AAUCAGCAAAUUGCUGCACAAGAAUUUGCGUAUCUUGAAAGAGUCAAACAAUUACAUAACAACAAUUAUCAACUAUGGCGUUACCUGAGGGACUAGCUGGCAAAAUGAAGACUUUCCAGGCUGUGAAUGAUCUGCCCGUGUUCCUCAAGGGUGGACCCGCUGAUAAGGCUCUAUUUGGCAUAACUGCAGCACUGUGUGGUGUGGGCUUAGUGAGCAUUGCGCACAUGAUCUACACAAUGGGUUUCUCCAAGAAGAAUGCCUAAGCAAUGGCUUCCCGUUCACAGUAAACGGUUAAUAUAUAUAUGACUUAAUUAAAAGUGCAAUAAAUAUCAAUAAACAUA